GAAAAUUCCACUGUGAGUUUGGUUUUUGUAAUUUCCAUACAGUCAAAGCUGAAAAGAAAUCAUAAGUCUCUGUAAUGACCCACAGUUCCUGGUGCACUUCUGGUUAAAAAGUCUUUCAGAGUGCACACCAUGAAUUAUGUCCAUCCCCUCCAUCCUGCUCGGUCUGGGAGGAAAAUGUCUGCUCAACUGGGCCCUGGUGUUUCUCCAGAGGAACCACACCUGCAAAAGCUUCCUGUGGGUUUUCAGCGUUUCCCUCGCUGUCGUCGACUCAAUCCUGACCCUCUCUGUCACCACCCUUCACGUCCAUGCUGAUGAAUACGCCCUCCUCCUUGGCUUGAAGCUGACCAGGUACCAUGUAUGUUUGCUGGUUCAAAUCCUUGGACAAGUCUACAGUGCUCUGCAGUGGCCUGUUGUAGUCGUGGCCGGUUUGGACCAUUUCUUCACUGUCACUCGAAGGUUGCAACCCACCACCGCCAUAGCCAGAUGGAUUGUCUGCUUAUUAGUGACUGGCUUCCUGUGGUACCUCACUGCUCUCUACGUCUUCCUGCUGUCUGACUUCAUUCCUGUCAUGGAGGAUGUGUCUUACUACCAGAUACACCAGUGCUGGGUCUUCCACACCACUCAGAUCCUGCAGGUUGCCAUGUUUCUCCUCCUGACUCUGGGCUGUGCAGCGUUGCGUGCUGGGUGCAGCACACGAUCAUUCAAAAAUCCUCCUCUGAGAGACCAAAUUACAGAGAGCAUUCACUCCAGAACAAGUGUUGUUCACCAAGCCCUGCAUAUAUUUCUGAACACAUGGGCUUUAUUCCUGGGUUUUCUGGCUGCGCUCCUCCUGCUACCUGUGGGAAUACCUGCAUACCUGGGUCUGAACAUUGCCUGGCUCUGCUUCCUCAACAGCCUUCUGAUAACAGUCGUUUUAUGUGCAGUCUGUCCAGGCUCGCAGCUAGCACAGGGCCUGGCAGCAGUUCCUCCCGACAGCUUCUGUGAGUGGAGAUUUAAAUUUAGCCUGGCUGCAGAGGACAGAACAUGACUGCUCAACGCAAGCAAGCAAGUGAAAACAGGCUUUGUGUUAGACAAAGUGGAAUUGGCUGCUGAGACUUCAAUGUCUUUUCGAAAGAAAGUAAUUUGUAUUUCUAAAGUUGGGUAGCCAAGGUAGCAGCACAGCUUUACGAAUGGCAAUGUGGUUCAGGUCGGUCAGUCCACCACUUUGGCCCAGACCAAAAUAUCUCAACAACUAUUGGAUGGAUUUUGGUGCUGACGUUCAAUGCCCUAGGUGAAUAAACCCUAUUGCAUUGACAUUUGUGGUUUUGAGUGAAAUGUAUGAACAACUAUUAAACAUAUCGAUU